AUGGCUUUAGGUGGAGUACUUAGGCAAAAUGGUCAGGUGGUAGCUUAUACUUUACGACAACUGAAGAUUCUUGAGAGGAACCACCCUACCCAUGAUUUAGAGUUAGCGACUUUAAUGUUUGUUCUGGAGAUAUGGAGACACUAUUUGUAUGGUUCAAGUAAAGUCAAUAUUAUAGCAGAUGCUUUGAGUCAGAAAUCUUGCUUUGAGAUCAGAGAGAGUCAGAAGCUGAAUGUGGCUUUGGUUAAUCAUUUGUCAUCAAUUAACCAAAGUGAGGAUGAAGACUUUAGAAUUGAUGAGAAUGGAAUCUUAAAGUAUCAGAAUAGAGUUUAUGUACCUGAUGCGCCAGAACUUAAGACGAUGAUUUUGGAGGAAAGUCAUAGAGCUUUCCAGAAGUCAGAGAUUAAGCAUCAUAAGCCAUAUAGAGAUAUGUACCCAUUGGAUAUUCUUGAACGAAAAUGGGACAAUGUCUUUACGGAUUUCGUGAUUGGAUUGCUAAAUACUCCUAAGGGAAGUUGUGCAAUUUUGGUGAUUGUGGAUAGGCUGACUAAAUCGACUCAUUUCAUUCUGACUAAGAUUGAAUUUUCAUUGCAAAAGCUGGCUGAGAUCUAUUUUAGUGUGGCUGUGAAGUUGCAUGUAUCCCAGCUUCGAAAGUACAUUCUCGGUCCAUCUCAUGUAAUCCAAAAGGAUGAUGUGCAAGUGAGAGAUAACUUAACUAAUGAGGCAUCACCUAUGAGGAUUGAGGAUCGAGAAGUGAAGCAACUCAUAGGUAAAGAGACUGCUCUUGUGAAGGUUUUUGGGAGAGGACCUGCUAAAGGGAGCAUGACGUGGGAGCUAGAGAGCCGGAUAAAUAAGUCUUAUGCGAAGUUAUUUUCACCAGAGUUUGAGAGUGAAUAA